AUGUUACAGAAAGGCUUUUAUCUGGUUUGGCUUCUGUUAUUAUUUGGGUUGAGCAGCAGCGGAGCACUGAACGAGCCUCAUCCAGAGCUUUCUGAUCAGGAGCUUUUCUGGGGAGCCGAUCAGUAUGACUUUUCCAUCAUGCUGCGAGCCGGAGACCUCCAGUGCUUCUGGCACUUUGCUCACUUCGGUGAGCGCUUCUACUUACACUUCAUGGUCCAGCUGGUGACUGGUGUGGCUCUGGACAGACAUCUCUCUGUGACCGUUAAUGCUCCGAGCGGCCUAAUAGUCGGACAAGUUGACGAUGCAAGUGGUCAGAUUGCCUUCAGUGUUAAGGAGACUGGUUUUUAUCAGAUGUGCUUCAGUAAUUUCCACAAUCGCUUCGGGAGCAUGCAGGUUUCCCUGAACUUCGGUGUGUAUUACGAGGGACAAAAGGAAGAAGAGAAGAAAAAGAAAGAAGAGGAUAUGAAACAGAUAAAUAGUACAUUGUCCUUCAUUGAGGAAAGCAGCAGCAGGCUGCAGAGGUUUGUCUUCCACAUGUGGCGUCAUUAUAACUACGAGCGAAUGAGACGCGGAGCUGAUUUCUACCUGCUUCAGUCCAACUCCACUUAUGUGAACAGCUGGUCUGCUCUCCAGAGUCUGGUCAUCAUCACCGCCGGAUACCUGCAGCUCUACUGCCUCAAGAGACUCUUCAACACCAAACCAGCAGAGGGAGACAAACCCCGCUGUUAACAUCAACCCCAAACCAGCAGAGGAACAUCAACCCCAAACCAGCAGAGGGAGACAAACCCUGCUGUUAACAUCAACCCCAAACCAGCAGAGGAACAUCAACCCCAAACCAGCAGAGGGAGACAAACCCCGCUGUUAACAUCAACCCCAAAUCAGCAGAGGAACAUCAACACCAAACGAGCAGAGGGAGACAAACCCCGCUGUUAACAUCAACCCCAAACCAGCAGAGGAACAUCAACCCCAAACCAGCAGAGGGAGACAAACCCCGCUGUUAACAUCAACCCCAAACCAGCAGAGGAACAUCAACCCCAAACCAGCAGAGGGAGACAAGCCCCGCUGUUAACAUCAACCCCAAACCAGCAGAGGAACAUCAACCCCAAACCAGCAGAGGGAGACAAGCCCCGCUGUUAACAUCAACCCCAAACCAGCAGAGGAACAUCAACCCCAAACCAGCAGAGGGAGACAAGACCCGCUGUUAACAUCAACCCCAAACCAGCAGAGGAACAUCAACCCCAAACCAGCAGAGGGAGACAAACCCCGCUGUUAACAUCAACCCCAAACCUGUCUCUUUCUUCAUGAUACAGCUGUACAGGGGCCUUUUGGACACUUUUAUGAGCCAAGAAUGAAUUUACCAAAAGCCUAAAAGCAAAAUAUUAUUUUAUUUGGUUAUUUGAAUAUCACAUUAAAACUGACUUCGUCAUGAUUUUGUUCUUGCUUUUAAAAUGCUUCUUUUGGAAAACUUUCAAUGCUAAAAUAUAAAAUUCAUUAUAAUAAUAAGAAUUACAAUACAUUAUAAUAUGUAUUAUUCUGACUGUGUCAUGACUAUGGUGUCAUUUCCACUGAACAGCCCCCCCCCCUCCAUUAAAAUAAUUCUCAAAUUGAAAAACAAAGGUAAAUAUCACUUGUGAGCAGAAUAUUUUUGAGUCAUUUCCAAUCAAGCUUCAAUUUUACUGAAUUAUGAGAAAAGUGUGAAAAUAUCAUUUGAUUGUGUGAACUCCAAAAACAUAAUUUUCACCACCAUUUCAAUCACAGAAUGAUUCUUAACACAAUACAUAAUUUGAGAUUUUCACUGUGGAAGAAGAAGAAGAAAAUGAAGAAUUAAUUUUAAUGUUCUAUGACACACAGAAGGAGAUGUGAGGCAGAACUCAUUUAGUGUAAUUCUGGAUUGAAAGACAUGAGGACUGUUUCCCUGCAUAAGUGUUGUCAGAUUUCAUUGGAUUGUUUAAUGGUGGAACAUUUUGAAUGAUGAAUUAAAUACAUCCAUGGUGAAGUUAUGAGUGAAAACACAUUAAAGAUCCAGCAAGAUUCAUAAAUCAUUAUAAGACUUUAACAUUUUUGAGUAAAUGAGACUGUUAUAAGAAAUAACCUCCAUCAGCAGCUGCAGUAUCUCUCAGCUGUAUCAGUGCAGUCACUGUGACUCUG